AUGGCUAAAUCUAUUCUCUUGAGUCUAGCCUUUGUUUAUACCGUAUUGGCACAACCGCAGAAUGGAUUACAAGGCCCGCCAGGCCAGGCUCCCAAUGGAAUAAAUGGGGUGCCCGGGAAUGGCCAAGGGGCUCCUAAUAAUGGAAUCGUAACUCCGGCUCCUUUUGUACUUCCUACUUUCCCAACUUUCCCCACAUUGCCUCCAUUAUUAUUGAAUCUACCUACUCUUCCGCCGUUGCCUACAUUUGCACCGUUACCGGCUGUCGCACCGAUUCCGCCUAAUAAUGUGCUUUUCGGAGGUCCAGCCAAUCCAGGGCCUCAGUCCGAACCUCCAAGCCCACCAAAUCCCAGGAGUCCUCCAGUUCCCUUACCUGGACCCAACGUCCCCGGAGUGUUCGUGGCCAAACAGAAUCCUCUGUUCCCACCCUUCCCAUCUCUCUUCCCAACCACAGUACCUCCACCAACUCUCCUUCCUCCUCUUCCCACAAUACCUCCAUUAUUUCCAACUACAACCCUCUUCCCCCCAUUACCCACCCUCUUCCCGACUCAGAAGCCAACACUUCUACCCCCUCUGAUCAAUCCAUUUGCCAUCACUACCACAGUCCGUCCAACAAUUCUACCGGGUAUCCCAUUCCCUCAAAAGGUAGUCACUUUUGAUGAUUUUGUUAACCUUAUGAACCAAGUUCUUCCCCAAAUCGGAUUGCAGAGAAUCGAUCCAAACCAGGCCAGAGCUUAUAUCAGCACUCAUCCCCUCAGGGCAAGAGAUGAGACGAUUGAAACUGAUCCAAGACAACCUAAAGAAGAAGAAUUAGACUGA